CACUCCCACUCACGCCUACAAAAGGGGACGAAAGGCCAAAGCUUUCCUCGCAAAUCACGACCUCCUCGUUCCCUUCGUUCCCUCACACUCGCAUCGGCUCUCGUGGAAGAGAGGACAUGUGUGGCGGCCACCGGAAGCUCUCCUCGCUGCCCAACGACCCCGCGGCGGGAUGCGGCGCAGAGGCCAUGGAGACUUCGUCGGAGGCGGCCGCAGUGCUCCUUGAGCUCGCCGCUUCCGACGACCUCGCCGCCUUCAGGCGGGCGGUGGAGGACGACGGCCGACCGUUGGAUGCCGCUGCCUCCUGGUACGGCCGCUCUCCUGGCCGGGGAAUGGGUUACCAGCUGCGGACGCCGCUCAUGAUCGCGGCGCUAUACGGCAGCACCGCCGUGAUGGGCUACAUCCUGUCCGCCUGCCCAGCUGAGGCCGUCCGCCACGCCUACUCCGACGGAGCCACCGCCCUGCACUGCGCUGCCGCCGGCGGCUCCGCGGCUUCUCUCGAAGCCGUUAAGCUCUUGAUCGGCGCGUCUGCGGACGUCGUUGACGCCCUCGAUGCGGGCGGGAGCCGCCCCGGCGACGUUAUCGCCCGGCAAUUCUCGAGCACCGUUGCCAAGUCCCUCGAGGUGAUCUUAAAAGCUACUUCUUGCCCUAGGGUUUCAUCACCGAGCAGAGAAGAGCAAGCAAAACAGGCGGAGAAGAAGGAAUACCCGCCGGAUUUGACCCUCCCCGACAUUAAGACCGGGAUCUACGGCACCGACGAGUUCCGGAUGUAUACCUUCAAGAUUAAGCCGUGCUCUCGCGCGUACUCCCACGACUGGACGGAGUGCCCCUUCGUCCACCCCGGCGAGAACGCUCGGCGCCGAGACCCAAGGAAGUACUCCUACAGUUGCGUGCCGUGCCCCGAGUUCCGGAAAGGUUCUUGCCGGAACGGCGAUGCUUGCGAAUAUGCCCACGGCGUGUUCGAGAGUUGGCUUCACCCGGCGCAGUACCGGACCCGGCUCUGCAAGGAUGAGAUUGGCUGCAACCGCCGGGUCUGCUUCUUCGCCCACAAGCCGGAGGAGCUGCGGACGGUGAACCCCACUGCAGCAUCGGUUGCCGGAAUGGUGUUGCCGUCGUCAUCACAAGGCCUUUCCUCUUUGGACAUGGCCAUGGCCUUGACGCUGAUGCAGCAGCCCGGCUCCCCCAUGUCCCCCUCGGCUUCAUCGGGCAUAGGGUCCGCAGCGGCAUGGAUGAAUCAGACGGGCGGCGUGGUGACUCCUCCGGCCUUACAGCUGCCGAGCAGCAGGCUCAAGGCUUCGCUGAGUGCCAGAGACUUGGAUUUCGACCUCAAGUUGCUCGGAUUAGAAGAGUAUCAGCAGAAGCUUGUCGACGAAAUCGCAAAAACGGCCUCUCCGCGGGCCAGCUGGGGAACGAACAACUUAGCCGCGGCAACCACUCGAGCUCCAGACUACACUGAUCUGUUGGGUUCUGUCGAUCCAUCGCUGCUAACCCAAUUGCAGGGGCUCUCCGCGAGGAAGAAGACGGGGCCUCAGAUGCAAUCCCCUGCUGCAAUCCAGAUGCACCAGUCUCAAUUGCUGUCUGGAUACGGUGGGGGCCUGUCUUCUUCCCCUCCUGUUAGCGCCGCAUCGUCGUUCGGGCUCGACCACUCACUGGCAAAGGCCAUCAUGAAUUCCAGGGCUUCCGCGUUCGCUAAGCGCAGCCAGAGCUUCUGCGACCGAGGGGCGACCGCUGGUCGCCAAUCGACACUCUCUGCCAUGUCGACCGCGGCAUCAGCGGCGGCCCCGCCGUCGCUCAUGUCCGACUGGGGCUCGCCGGACGGUAAAUUGGACUGGGGUAUUCAAGGAGAGGAGCUGAACAAGCUGAGAAAGUCGGCAUCUUUCGCCUUCCGCAGCAGUCAGGCCGCCAUCGGAGGGGUAGCUCCAGCCACCGGCGCAACGAACGAGCCGGAUUUGUCGUGGGUGCAGUCUCUGGUGAAGGAUGGACCUGCGGCGCCCGUGGGCCGUCCUGGCAUGGGCAAGCAGCAGAACCGGUAUCAGCUCAACGGCGGGGGCGACUUGUUCUCUCCAUGGGCAGAGGAGAAGAUAAUGGCAUAAGAACACGGCGAGGGCAACGAUUACCUUUCCCUCUUCCUUCUGACCUUGUUCUUUUCUUCGUUAUAUAUAUAUAUAUAUUUUUUGGGAAUCCAUUACAGCUUUAUUAUAGCAGGCGAGUCCGUAGGGAAAUCUGAGCUUGCGAAAGACCGCGCCUGCAAGUUCUUUCAUUCAUAAAAAUAGCUUAAGAGAAUUGUCUUCAUAGGUAGAAAGAAGAUGGGUAUGUGUAGAGAUGAAGAACAAGUUUCGAUCAAUGAGCUUUUGUCUAAAUCUUGUUGUUUCUAAAUCUAUGAAAUAUAUUGCUUACUAUAUGACCAUGACAUUAUGAAUUCAA